CACGGAUCAGGCAGCUUUAACUUUAUUGAUUUUGGGAUGAGCAGGAUUAAUAAUGUCACUGUGAGGUUUUAAACAAGACUAAAUACAGGACGAGGACGAUGGGGAUUUUUACAUCCACACCUGCGCACCCACACUCUGGAAGUUAGACGGGACGAGGAGGAAGAGGAGGAGGAGGGAUACCUGCUGUGUUUUGUUUUGCAGUUUUUUUUUUUAUAAGAGGAGUCUUUUCUUCUUCAGAGUCAUGCAGAGCAACAGCAGCGGCUCCGGAUCUCUGAGCGCUCUGAGUGUGUGCGGAGGAGAAGAGGACGAGCGCGAAAUCUCUAAACUUAUCGGUCCCUCGGGAUCAGCGUCUAAUCUCGCAGCUUUGAACCUCUCACUGAACUGCUGGCUUCACAUCCUGUCCAAGGAGGAGUCCUCGCUGGACCUGCACGCAGACAGCGCAAACCUGGCAGUCCGAAUCGUCAUUGCCCUGGUCUACCUGGUGGUGUGUGUUCUGGGGCUUGUGGGUAACCUCCUGGCACUCUUCCUGCUCCAUUCCCGCCGCCGUGGUCACCACCACUCUUCCAUCGACUGCUUCGUGAUGAGCCUGGCGCUGACGGACCUCCAGUUCGUCCUCACCUUGCCCUUCUGGGCCGUGGACACGGUGCUGGACUUCCGCUGGCCCUUUGGCCGGGUCAUGUGCAAGAUCGUGAGCUCAGUCACCACCUUGAACAUGUACGCCAGCGUCUUCUUCCUCACCGCCAUGAGUGUGACCCGUUACCACUCCCUGGUGACCUCUCUGAAGAUGGGCAGCCCCAGGAUCGCCACAACUCGUGCCAAAUGGGCCAGUUUAACCAUUUGGGUGGUGUCACUGGUGGCUACACUGCCUCAUGCUUUCUACUCCACCACAGUCCAGGUGUCUACGGAUGACGAGCUGUGCUUGGUGCGCUUCUCUGACUCUGAUUCAGGCCACUGGGAUCCUCAAGUCCUGCUUGGACUCUAUCAAACACAGAAAGUCCUCCUGGGAUUUGUAGUUCCCUUGAUUAUCAUCUCUGUGUGCUACCUCCUCCUCCUGAGGUUCAUCCUGAGCCGCCGCACUGUGGGCAGUGUGAUCAGCGCAAGUGUCACCGAGAGGUCAGAGUGUGAGAGAGGACGUCACCGCCGCCGCUCCAAAGUCACCCGCUCGGUCACCAUUGUAGUCCUGUCCUUCUUCAUCUGCUGGCUGCCCAACCAGGCGGUCACACUGUGGGGGGUGCUGAUCAAAUUUGACUUGGUGCCCUUCAGCAAAGCCUUCUACAACGCCCAGGCCUACGCCUUUCCCCUGACUGUGUGCUUAGCUCAUGCAAACAGCUGUCUCAACCCGGUGCUCUACUGCCUGAUCCGAAAAGAGUACAGAGCUGGACUGAAGGAGCUCCUGCUGAGCGUGUCGCACUCUGUCCGCAAUGUCCUCACUCUGGCUCUGAGAGGGAGGAGGGUGGAGGAAGCACCACCCAGCCUGGUCAUGAUACACAAAGACAUCAAUAUAUGAUUUAAACUGUGAAAAGAAAAGUUUGAUAUCUUGGGAAAUACGUUUGUUUUUCACUGACAGUUACAUGAGGAGAGUGAUGCCGCUCUUAUUUUUGAAGGCAAAAUAUGAAACUAGAGCCAGUAGCAGAUUAGCCUAGCUUAGC